CCUGCUCUUACCCCUCUCGCUUUCUUUCCUUCUUCCACUCCAAAAACUUUCUCCGCCCUGUCGAACCCCAACCUACUUCUCGUGUCUGCGCGGGGCAGUCGAUCUCCCACCAGAUCACGCAGGCUGCAGGCCCUCAGCCCACCAUGUCGAACCAGUCCAUUCUCAGAAUCACCCGCGAACUGAGCGAGAUCCAGCGCGGCUCCGACCUCUCCCUCGCAGUCGCAUGUCGCGAUAUCGACGUGCGCUACGUCAGGGCUCUGAUUAUUGGCCCGCCCGACACGCCGUACGAGUUUGGCUUCUACGAAUUCAGCGUCAAGUUCACCAAAGAGUACCCCACCAAGGCGCCUGGCGUGACUGCCAUAACCACCAAUGGGGGACGGACGCGCUUCAACCCCAACAUAUACGCCGGAGGCAAGGUGUGCCUGUCGAUUCUUGGCACAUGGCGGGGUGAGCGCGGUGAAGAGUGGUCUUCUGCGCAGGGUCUAGAGUCAAUCCUUAUCUCCAUCCAGAGCCUCAUGUCCACGAACCCCUACGAGAACGAGCCUGGCUUUGAGGAUGCAAACUCCGAAUACGACAAGAAGAACCAGCAACACUAUGUUGCCAAGAUCCGACACGAAUCGCUGCGCAUAUCCGUCGUUGAAAGGCUCGAAGGUUAUCUAGGCAUCGACCGGGAGAGGCCCGGCGUGACAGUCUACAACGCUGAGGAGGACUACCAGUCGAGCAGAGAUGACGCGCCUUUCGAACCCUUCAAGGACCUCUGCAAGCGGCGCUUCUUGUGGUACUACCCUUCUUAUCUAGCUCGCGUGGACGAGGCAGCCGCAAAGAGCAAGGAUGGAACCGCAUUUGAGAAGAUGCCAUUCGAGGGUCCCGGCAAUCAGAUGGAGGGCACCUUUCAGUACGCAAAUCUCAGGCAACGACUUGUGAAGAUCUUCGACAGGUUGAAUCAAGAGGUUGUUGGAUGGGCUGAGGAAGGUGUUUUGGCUGUGCAGAAGGAGUUAAGCAUUGCUAGCAACAUGCAGCGUCAGUUCGAGCAGAUUGUCGAAAACUACAAGAAGAACGAUGCUGUCACUCUCGAUCUAAGCAUUGUCGACAAGAAUCCUUUUGUCUGGGAGCUGGUCUUGUUUGGCAGGCCCAUGACAAACCUGGAUGGUGGCAUGUUUAGAAUCAUGCUCUACAUCAGCCCAAAGUUCCCGGACGUCCUGCCGCGUGUCAAGUUCAGUACACCAAUCUUCCACCACCGCGUGUCACCUGACGGCAUCCUAUGUUACGACGCGACUCGCAAGGACGAUAUGAGAUCCCACAUCGAUGCCAUCAUUGCCGCUAUCGAAGAAGAAGCUCCUGCGUACGACCCCAGAACGCUCGUCAAUCCUGAGGCUGCCAAACUCUUCUGGGGUACGGCGGACGAGAAGAAGAUGUACAAUCGCCGCCUGCGGCGGUCAGUACAGGAUAGUGCCGAGAAUUGCUUCUAGUGGCAGAAGUAUUAGUGCAGACAAACUCAUGAACUUCACGACCGGUUAUGUGUAGGGACGACGUUACUUGAUACCCUCAUGCCUGAUCACUCGACUGGUCUUAUGGCUUGCAUAUUCGGCGUUUUUGGAAGGUUGAAGGCAUGGACAUGGCGUGACAUAGUCCGUAUGGCGUUCAACAAAAUGACAGUGCUUUGACAUUAGUGACACUCUGUAUCCUAGGGCCUGAAUAGUUUCGAUACUUUAUACUUUGAGCAGGCUGAGC